ACGCAGAAGAGCAGAAAACGUGCUGUCCUCAGCAGUGCAGAGUUUCUGUUUAUUUUAUUCUGUCACGAUUUUAUCUAUUAAUUAUAUCACUAUUACAUGUUCAUGAAGACCAAAGUAAAAACAUGGGUUUGCAAGAGGAAAACGUGGAGAAAAAAGUGCCAAAGACGACCAGACGUGGUGCAGUGAUUUUGGGGAUAUUUGGGGGAACAUUCGCGGCCGUAUACGCAGUGACUGUGCCGUUCUUUCUCCCAGCUCUGCGAAAGAUUUGUCUUCCUUACGUGCCCGCUACAGACCAGCAAAUCACCAAUGUCAUGAGAAUGCUGAAGGGAAGAUCUGGGUCCUUGAUUGAUCUAGGAAGCGGAGACGGAAGAAUUGUUUUGGAAGCAGCUAAAAAAGGUUUCAAGUCUUCUGGUGUAGAGCUGAAUCCAUGGCUAGUGUGGUUCUCCAGAAUUCAGGCACGCCGCCAUGGAGUACAUACCCAAACCACAUUUUUUAGAAAAGACCUGUUCAAGGUGAACCUGUCAGAGUAUCAGAACAUAGUAGUUUUUGGUGUGGAUUCUUUGAUGCCUCCCUUAGAAGAGAAAUUGUACAGGGAACUGGGAGAUGAUGGUCAAGUUAUAGUGUGUAGAUUUCCCCUGACCAACAGCACACCAGUGGACGAAGUGGGCAGUGGAGUGGACACUGUAUGGCUAUAUGACAAACAAAGCUUAUUCAGUACAAGUGAAAAAGAUAGGAAGCAAUAGAUAAUAAUGGUAGUGUGCAACAUAAGCACUGUUCCAAAGCCAGGUGAUAGAAAACAUGAACCCAGGCCAUUUGAAGAAAACUUGUAAAUUUGUUACUGGCCACUAUAUCUGCCAUGGGUCAGUAGAUUCUUAAAUGCUAGUGUCCUUAAAGGGCCAGUACAGUCAGAAGUCCUUGGUGUCGACUAUGAGAGUCUGUUUAGGCCCCUAUUUCACACCGACCACGAAUCCCACGAAUCGCCAGGAAUUGACAAAUUUCAGGAUUCGUGAGAUU